ACACACACACACGGGCAGACUUUGGCUUUGGACUUUGGAAACAUAUCUAUCGUGACAACUUUCAAAAGAAAGGCUUAUCUUUGUUAACACUCACUUGCAUACACUCCAACUCAUACACACGUUGAUACAAGUGUGUUUUCAGAAACUUUCUUGGACUUCAGAAGGAACUGCAGACUCUUAACACGAGCCAUGUGGGUUGUUGUUCUCGUCAUGCUGCUUGCCCUCUCCAGUGGCUCUCAUUCUCUGGACAAACUCAACAUGUGCAUGGAUGCUACACACCACAAAGUAAAGCCCGGCCCUGAGGGACAACUUUACCUUCAGUGUGCUCCGUGGCGUGACAAUGCGUGUUGUACAGCAAACACCAGCGCUGAAGCUCACAACGAUAACUCCUAUUUGUACAACUUCAACUGGAACCACUGUGGUGCCAUGCGCCCAAAGUGCAAGCAACAUUUCAUCCAAGACACUUGCUUCUAUGAGUGCUCACCACACCUGGGACCCUGGAUACAACCGGUGGAUCAGACUUGGCGCAAGGAGAGAAUCUUGAAUGUGCCUCUCUGUAUGGAAGACUGCCAUGACUGGUGGGAAGACUGUAAGGAUGAGAUGACAUGCAAGAGUAACUGGCACAAGGGAUGGGACUGGAGCUCAGGUAUUAACAAGUGUCCUGAUGGCAGCAAGUGUAGAAAAUGGACGGAUGUUUACCCAACACCCAAGUCUAUGUGUGAGCAAAUCUGGUCUAACUCCUACCUUUAUACUACGCACUCCAAAACGUCAGGGCGUUGCAUGCAGCUCUGGUUCACUGGCUCAAACCCCAACAAAAAGGUAGCUGAGUAUUACCUCAACAAUGCGCAACAACACCACAGUCUCACCGUGACAUCACUGCUCUUCCUGGCAGUCUCAUCUCUUUCUGUAUUGAGCUGAACAAAAAACAUUUUCCUUGUCAGU